GCAGAGCCGGUGCCGGGAACUGGCGUCACUUUCCAGCCGAGGAGCUCUCCGAGGCCGCGAGCGGAGGGGCCGCUGCCGAGACCGCCGCCGCCUCCUCCUCGCCCCGGCCGCCCGCCCGCCUGCCUCUCUCUGCCGCCGGGCCCGGGCGGGGAAGGGGAGGAGCCCCCCCCGCGCGGCCCCGAGAGGGAAGGGAAGGGAGGGAGGGCGGCGUCGGGCCUGCCCGCUCCGAGCCAUGCGAGGCGCCCUUCCGGGCCGGCGGAGGCGCGCGCGGGCGGCUGGCCGCUGAUCCGAGGCGCCGCGCCGCCAGAGCGCCUUCUUCGCCCGCCAGGCCGGCCGGCCCAGGAGCCGCUGCGGGGAAGACCCCGGCAGAGGCGCCCGAGCGAGCGAGUGAGCGGGCGGAGGGAGAGGGGCAGCCGGCCCGACUUCCCGCCUUGCCCGCUCGCCCCCCCCCCGCCCAGACAUGUCGGAGGGUCCCGACCUGGUCUGCAUCAAGCAGGAAAGGAUUUCGUAUACUCCGCCGGUGAGCCCAGUAGACGACUAUCCUUCCUCGUCACCCCUCCAUGUCCCGCUGCCCCGAGCCAUCAGGAUGGAGGAAGAGACCCUCAGGCUUCCAGCCCACCUACGCUUGCAGCCCGUCUACUGGAGCAGAGAGGACGUGGCCCAUUGGCUAAAGUGGGCGGAGAAGGAGUUCUCCCUCAGGCCCAUUGACAGCAACACCUUUGAGAUGAACGGCAAGGCUCUGUUGCUACUAACCAAAGAGGACUUCCGAUACAGGUCUCCACAUUCUGGCGACGUGUUGUAUGAGCUUCUUCAGCACAUCUUGAAGCAAAGGAAUUCCCACAUGUUGUUUUCUCCUUUCUUUCACCCUGGGAAUUCUGUCCACGCUCCGCCAGAUGUCAUGCUGCAUCAGAAUCACGAUGAAGACAACUUUAUCUCAAGAGCUUCGAGACACUCAGCAGACGCAGUCCAUCACAACCCGCCUACCAUCGAACUCUUGCACCGCUCCAGAUCCCCCCUCAGCGCCAACCACAGGCCUUCACCGGAGUCUGAGCAGCGGUCCCUGAAGUCCCCCCUGGAGAACACUAUCCGUCGCCUCUCGCCGGCUGACCGGCUCUUGGGCACGCGGCAACACCAGGAGAACAACCACCACGAGUCUUACCCUCUCUCGGUUUCUCCGACCGAGAGCAACCACUGCCCGACCCCUUCGGAGGUGCCUCAGAAGGCUUCCAGUCCUCGCCAGGAAAACACCAGGGUCAUCCAGUUGAUGCCCAGCCCAAUAAUGCACCCUUUGAUACUGAAUCCCCGGCACUCUGUGGACUUCAAAGCUUCGAGGUUGUCUGAAGAUGGGCUGCACAGGGAGGUGAAGCCCAUCAACUUGUCCCACCGUGAAGAGCUAGCCUUCAUGAACCACAUCAUGGUGUCCGUCUCGCCCCCUGAAGAGCAUGCAAUGCCAAUUGGGAGAAUCGCAGACUGCAGACUCCUUUGGGAUUACGUCUAUCAGCUGCUCUCCGACAGCCGGUACGAAAAUUUCAUCCGAUGGGAGGACAGAGAAUCCAAAAUAUUUCGGAUAGUGGACCCCAAUGGGCUGGCUCGGCUAUGGGGAAACCAUAAGAACCGAACGAACAUGACCUAUGAGAAAAUGUCUCGUGCCCUGCGCCACUACUACAAACUGAAUAUUAUCAGAAAGGAGCCAGGACAAAGACUUUUGUUCAGAUUCAUGAAGACACCAGAUGAAAUUAUGAGCGGCCGCACUGACCGCUUAGAACAUCUGGAAUCUCAGGAACUGGAUGAGCAGAUCUACCAGGAAGACGAGUGCUGAGGAUCCGAUCCACGUCCUUCACCGCAGUCCAUGGAAGAACCGUCUCUGGAGAUCCAUCGGGAUGGGGGAACGGGGCUCCGGACUUGGCAUUGAUCUGGGACCGGCAGGACCUGCAGGCACCCUAGGGAGGACAGAGAUGGGCGGGGUGGGGUGGCAGCAACAUUUGACCCAGAGAGGAGAGCGCAGCCCUUUCGCCCGGCUUGGAGGACCUGUCUCACCUCGGGCUUCGUUUUUGUUUUCGGUUGGUCAGUUUGGGAUAUAUAUAUAUAUAUACAUAUAUAUAUUAUAUUUUUUUUCUAAUUAACCUUGUCCAAUUAAUAUUUGGGCUUUUUUUUUUUUUACUCCUUUUGUAGAGCAGAACGUCUGGGGGCUGCGUAUUCUGAAUGCUUUCCUAUGGAAAUUAGCACAACUCUGGGUCACUGCAGAUUCUCACGGGCGCCUCUGUAGGGGGAAAAAAAAUCUAGGGCCGGAGGGCAAGAGGCGUCGGAGAGAAGGCCCCCAGAUGCCAAACUUGCUUGCAGGCGGCAUCCAUCGGCACCAGGAUCAAAGAACGUGGACGGCAAUCCGUGGUUUGGGGCGUGAGAAAUACCAAAAUUCCUUCCUGGAGGCAGAGGGGAAAGAGGGUGCCGUUAUUCGGGGGGUGUUGGCUCCUCCAAGGACACGGACUGGAUCCGGGCACCGGGACCCUGUCCAAGUGAGUAGGAGAAACUAUUCCAGGAACCAGUAGAAGGCGGGAGAUUUCUUCAGGAUGGUCCAGCUCAAGAAAGGGUUAAGCGGAAACGACGCGGAUGGGGUGGAAUCGUUUGUGGAGGGUUCCUGAAGGCCUUUCAGUGGCAAGGCUGAAGAGCGUGUGGACUGUGAGGUGGUUUUCAGCCUUGGCUUCUUUUCUCUCCCUCUUGGGGUUGGGGCCAGCCAGCGGCCCCCGGUCUGGGAGGAGAAGAGUCGGUCCUCAAAGGAGAAGGAAAGGUUAGGAUUUCCAAAAAAAGGGGGCUAUAAUUUUCCCAGGAGUGGCCUUCACAGCCCAGAGAGACGGAAUUGAAUCUCUGGGUUGAUCUUCCUCUCAUUCUCGUUGCUUCUGCUCUGUCCACGCGCGUGUACACACACACACACACACACACACGCACGCACCCUCUCUGAAGUUUUCUACUCAUCUUCCUCAUUUCUUAGGUGGAUGUGAAUAUUGAAGACUAUUUUUAUUAUGUUUCAGUGUUCUGGAUUCUUGCAACAACGGAUGAGCUGUGUAGCCUUAAGAGGAGAUUUGUAUGUGCCUUUUGUUGGUAGGAAGAUUUCGUUCUGUGAAACUCCUUCUAGGUCGAAGUCAUCCCUCUUUCUGAACCACAAAUGAAGUUAUUCCUCGUUGGGUUCAGAGAUUCACACGUCACGACAAAAUGCUGGCUCUAUAAGAUCGCUUGUUUUUUAUAAUCGCUGUGGGCAGCCAUGUAACAGCCAUGUAAAUCCUACAUGAAACAAGUCGAAAUUCUACUCCACAGUAAUUUAAACUGUGUCCGAAAAAGUAAUGAACUGUAUCAGUCGGUUCUUUGGGGCAAAUGAAGUAUAUUUGCAUCUGUUUUCUUUGUGUAACGUUGUCUGUUUCUCUGAGCUGAGGAGCACAGAGGCUUGUCCUGCAUUUCGUUUUCACUUCCCAUCAGCGGAGACCUGCUUCUUGUUUUGGAAAUUUCAUUGCGGCCUUUUAAGCCUAUCUUCUGAACUGCUAAGGGCUAGAAGCUUACUUUUUUGAAAAGGAGAGGGUUAUGUUUGAGGUUCUCAAGAUGGUAAGUAUGCGCAGUCCGAGACGCAGGUUAGAUGACUUCUUGCCACUUUUUGCAGGACUAUUCUUGAAAAAGAAUCCGCAAGAGGGGCUUCCAGGAAGGGGUGUUAAAGACGGUGAGAUUGUGGACAAAUUGUGGGGUCAAAGCCUGCAGGUAAAAAGAGGAUGGGGCUUCAACUCAUGUUUACAGUAAUCAUCUUGAUUCAUGAGCACACAUAUGCAGGCACCCUGGCUAGCAAAAUCCAUUGCAAAAGGAAAUUCACUCUUUAUAUAUACCAUUUAAAAUGCAGCAAAUGAAAAUUUACAAACACAACACAAAGCAGAAAAAGGGUGUUGUCCCUUUCCUACAGCUGCUGCUUCUCCUUUCCCACCAAAGCUUCAAAAUGACCAGCUCCAUCUGUGUCAGCCUCUAAGUAGCCACCAAACGUUCACCCAAAAAAUACGAAGCAGUCACGUCUGACCCAGUCCCGACGGAGUCAUCAUUGCUGCCAAAAGAAAAGCUACAAUUUUGAAAAGGCAGAAAUCUGAGAACAGGGUCAUGUCUGAUAUAUAUAUUGGGUUAGAGGAUGAGUGUUUGAGUGGUGGUUUGUCCUUAACCCACACGGGCCGUCCAAAUUGGACGCAUCUGGCCGAAGCAAUUUAUGAAAAUACGGUAUCUUGGGGGGGGGGGAAGAGUCUGGAUUACAAUAGAUAUUAAAGUGUGAGAUAAAUUGAGACGGGAACAGCGUGUUUUCCAUAUUUGGGAACUGAAUCACAGUAUUUUUCCUUUGAAGCCGAAGUACACAUUACAAUUAAUGCGUAACUUAGCUGCCCUUCAGAAGGGCAACGGUGGGUCUAUUUGGUAAAAAAAUAAAAAAAAAUAGUCUUCCUGUUGUAACGUUUUGCAUUUCCCUGUUGUGCCAGCAGCCCUCAGCUCUCUCUUAGCCAGGGUUAAAAGGAACAGAAAGUCUGCUACGUCAGUGUGAAGACUUUGGAAAAGAGCCCCGUGUAAAAAUUCCCCCUGUGUGUCGAGAAUUGCUGGCAGCUCAAGAGUUCGGAGGAGAACUAAGAGUGAAACUCUUACACUGUUUUCUGUUGAAUUAGCUGCAGCCAUAUGCAAAGUCAAAAGGAAAUUGUGCUGUCACGUUUUCUUUUUUUAAAAAGAAAAAAAAUCUUUUUUUUUAUUAUUUUCUUAAGUAAAUUAUAAUCUGUUGAAGAUGGCGCUUCCUAUUUUCUUUGAGGUGUGGGUUUAAGGGAGUGAACUGAAUGAAUGUAACAAAGCAAAACAAGAAUGCCUUUACUCAGGGCCAGUGAGUUGCAAAUAAUUUUUAAAUGCUUGUAAUUACAUCAUCUCAAUAAAUUUUUUUAAUAUAAAAAAA